GCCGCUUCUUUUCCCACUCUUUGGUCUCAGGACUGGCUCCUCGGCCCCACCCCUCCAUGAAGCCCCCGCCCACGAUCCGCCUUCCGGACAGCGCGAGGGGGCGGGAGCGGGAGCGGGGCCGGCCUCACCCGGAAUGAAAACAAACGGCGGCCUCUGCGGCAUCCGGGCACUCAGCAGGUCGCGGCUGGCGCGGCGGUGGCGCAGGAUGGCGCAGAAGAAAUAUCUUCAAGCAAAAUUGACCCAGUUUCUAAGGGAAGACAGAAUUCAACUUUGGAAACCUCCAUAUACUGAUGAAAAUAAAGAAGUUGGUUUGGCCUUAAAGGACCUUGCUAAGAAGUACUCUGACCGACUAGAGUGCUGUGAAAAUGAAGUGGAGAACAUAAUAGAGGAGAUCCGUUGCAAAGCCAUUGAGCGCGGCACAGGGAAUGAACACUUCCGAACAACUGGGAUUGCCACAAUUGAGGUGUUUCUGCCUCCAAGACUCCGGAAACAGGACAAGAAAAGCUUGUUGGAGACCCGCUUGCAUGUCACUGGUAGAGACCUGAGGUCUAAAAUAGCUGAAACUUUCGGAUUUCAAGAAAAUUACAUCAAGAUCGUAAUAAAUAAGAAACAGCUUCAACUAGGGAAAAGCCUUGAAGAACAAGGGGUGACUCACAAUGUAAAGGCGAUGGUGCUGGAGCUGAAACAGUCUGAAGAGGAUGCAAGGAAAAACUUCCAGGUAGAGGAGGAGGAGCAGAAUGAGGCUGAACUGAAGGAGAAGCGCAUUCAGAGGACCAAAAGGGGACUGGAGAUCCUGGCAGAGAGAGCGGAGAUGGUAGAUCCGGAAACGAUGCCUUACUUAGACAUUGCAAACCAGACAGGCAGGUCAAUCAGAAUUCCUCCUGCCGAAAGAAAAGCCCUUAUGUUAGCUAUGGGAUACCAUGAGAAGGGCAGAGCUUUCCUGAAGAGAAAAGAGUAUGGAAUAGCCUUGCCGUGCCUUCUGGACGCUGACAAGUAUUUCUGUGAGUGCAAAGAGCUGCUGGACACUGUGGACAACUACGCGGUUCUUCAGCUGGAUAUCGUGUGGUGCUACUUCCGCCUGGAACAACUGGAGUGCCUCGAUGAUGCAGAGAAGAAGCUGAACUUGGCCCAGAAGUGCUUUAAAAACUGUUAUGGAGAGAAUCACCAGAGACUGGUCCACAUAAAAGGAAACUGUGGGAAAGAGAAGGUGUUGUUUUUAAGACUCUACUUGCUUCAAGGGAUUCGAAACUAUCACAGUGGAAAUGGAGAGGAGGCUCGGGACUAUCUCAACAAGGCACGCCAGCUCUUUAAAGAGCUGUACAUCGAUCCGUCAAAAGUUCACAACUUGCUGCAGUUGGGGUUCACUGCCCAGGAAGCCCGGCUUGGCCUGCGGGCUUGUGAUGGGAACGUGGACCAUGCAGCCACUCACAUUUCCAACCGUAGAGAGGAACUGGCUCAAAUAAGGAAGGAGGAGAAGGAGAAGAGGAGACGUCGUCUGGAAAAUAUCAACUGUUUGAAAGGAAUGGGCUACUCCACACAUGCCGCCAAACAGGCCCUUCACCAGGCCAGAGGCAACCUGGACGAUGCCCUGAAGAUUCUCCUCAGUAACCCCCUCAUGUGGUGGCUACAGGAUUUAGACCCUGAAAACAACAGUCGUCAAACAAGUCCUUCCCAGGAGAGCAUCGACCAACUGGUGUACAUGGGAUUCGACAAAGUGGUGGCUGAAGCCGCGCUAAGGGUGUUUGGAGGCAAUGUCCAGCUGGCAGCUCAGACCCUUGCGCACCACGGAGGAAGCCUUCCUCCAGACCUGCGGUUCUCAGGAGAGGACUCCUCCUCCUCCACACCAUCCACAUCCCCAUCUGACUCUGCAGGGACCUCUAGUGCCUCAACAGAUGAAGACAUGGAGACAGAGGCCGUCAACGAAAUCCUGGAGGACAUUCCAGAGCAUGAGGAGGACUACCUGGACUCCACUCUGGAGGAUGAAGAAGUGAUUAUUGCUGAGUACUUGUCCUACGUAGAAAGUAUAAGGUCUGCCACAAACAACAACUGAACAGAACUAAGUCCUACAUUUAUUUCUGCCUAUAAAUUCUGUCGUUGUGAAUGGUCGAA